UUAGGGUUGGUUCGAUAGACUUUUUCUACACACUACUACAAACUUAUAAGUGAUCUAGGAGAAAAAAGAUGGCAAUGAAAUCUGUCGUUUCACGCCCUGGACUCCGUCGUUUAAUGGAAACCAGCAGCGUAGCUCAGCGAUCAUCCAUUUCAGGCCUUCGCUAUUUCAGUGACGGCAAAGGUCGUGUCCUCGGCGAAGAAGAACGUGCUCAAGAGACCAUUUAUAUUCAGAAAAUGGAAAGGGAGAGGUUGGAGAAGGCAAAGCAGAAGGCAGAGCGAGAGAAAGCUGAGAAAGAGAAGGCUGAUAAGCAGAAGGCUGAAGAAGAGGGUCACAAGAGCUGAAGUCUAGGUUCGCCUGAACUGACUUGUCAAAACUCUUGCUUUCAAGUACCUUUGACAAAUAAACGGAUAACGACUCUGUGUUGCUCUUGAUAAUGCUCGUGCUUGUACAAAGUAUUUCGGUAGUUUGUUGUUAUCCUCCAUGCUUGUCAUCCUUGAAGUUUUCUCUGUGGCUGUAAAACACGCGUUGUUCAAGAAUCAAUAUCAUCUUGAUUUUGACCAGUUUGGUUA